GAAAUGGGCGUCUAAAAAUAGGGAACGUAGUUCCACUUGCAAAAAUGGGUGCAGAUGGCGCAUCAAGUGUGAAAAUCGGUGUUGCCCAAAACAUAUGGCGUGACCGCUCUCAGGCUUCUCUCUGAAGCACAUUUCUAUAAUAAAAAUUUGAGAUAGAAAGAGUGAUUUUUAGAAAAUAUCACCAUAGCAAUGGGGAAAACGUCAAAAGACAAGCGUGACAUAUAUUAUAGAAGGGCUAAGGAAGAAGGAUGGCGAGCACGAAGUGCUUUUAAAUUGCUCCAAAUUGAUCAGGAAUGCCAGAUUUUUAAUGGAGUAACUAAAGCAGUGGAUUUAUGUGCUGCCCCUGGAAGUUGGAGUCAGGUCUUAGCUCUCAAGUUGAAUGAGAACUUCAAGAAGACCCUAGCAGAAACAUCAGAUCCAUCUCCUCCUAUAAUUGUAGCAGUUGAUCUACAAGCAAUGGCACCCUUGGAAGGAGUUACUCAGCUACAAGGUGACAUUACCAAUACCAACACAGCAAAACAGAUUAUAGCACAAUUUAAUAACACUCAAGCAGAUCUGGUCGUAUGCGAUGGAGCGCCUGAUGUGACUGGUCUACAUGAUAUGGACAUAUUCAUUCAAUCACAAUUGCUACUGGCUGCUCUGAAUAUAACUACACAUAUCUUGAGACCUGGUGGUACAUUUGUCGCGAAGAUCUUCCGUGCAAAGGACGUGACAUUUUUGUUCGCUCAGCUGAGGAUAUUUUUCUCGUACGUUUAUUGCGCGAAACCCAGCAGCUCCCGCAAUUCUAGCAUCGAGGCUUUUGUGGUCUGCAAGAAUUACUCACCGCCGGAAGGCUACGAGCCGCACAUGUUGAACCCUCUGCUAAAGCACGAGCCGUGCGAUUUUCAAAAGCUGACGGGAGUCAACAGAGUCAUAGUCCCAUUCGUUGUAUGCGGAGACUUUAGUCAGCCCGACUCUGACACGAGUUAUCCGCUAAACUAUAAAGGAGAGGAGUACACGUACCGCGAACCGGUGCAAACUCCUAUAGCGCCACCCUACGAGGAAGCGUUGUCCUUAUCGAGGAACAGGGACUUUCAUAUGGUCGAUGUUAGCGUGACAAUCGAGAACGAAGAUCUCAGUGAAAUUUCUGCAUUUAAGAAAAAAGUCUUACAGGAGAGUCAAAACGAGACGAAUGUAGAAGUGAAAACAGUGCGACAGGAUGAGGAACAGAAUGAGGAUGAAGUGUCUAUCGAUGCCUUACAAAAUUUAUAUAUAGCUGAUGGAAAUAAAGAUAGUAACUGAGUUGUUACGAAAGAGUU